AUGGAAGAGUAUAAAGAAGAAAUUAAUUUAUUUAAAGAAACAAUCAAAAAUGAAAAAGAUCCAACAAAUUAUAAAGAUGUCGUUAAAACUGAUGAGAUAUUUACUUUAGUUGGAACUCUUUAUCGAUUACCUAUUUAUGGAAAUUUCAUUCGUACACAAGUUAACGGACUACAAAUCAGUCAAGAUAACAUAUCAUCAAAACGAGAAGUUUAUGUUGAACUGUCAGCAAAAGCUAAUACAUCCAAAAUUAUGCAUCAAUUCAGAAAUCAUAUUUCUUUAAAAUAG